AUGGAAGUGGAAGUCGCGCCGGGAACAGGUGAGCAGAAGAAGGGGUCCUCAGGAACCUUUCCUCUAACUCUAAACGCGGCCAACGCGUUUAUCAACCCCGUUGCCCCCCAAGAUACCAAAAAACCGACCUCUUCGUCCCCCUCUACUCCGCUUGCUUUCGACCAAGCGAGCCUACAAAAAGGGCUCUCACAACCGCCCUCAGUCCAAGCCACCGACUUGGGAAUUUUUGGUAACAAGAAGUGUCUCAGACCAAACGCAACGCCAGGCGAAAAUACGGUCAUCCAUGUAGCUGAAGCAACGGGUACCCCCCAAUCCAAAAGAAUUCAGGAUCUGUUCCCAGGAAAGACUGAAGCCAAUUCUCUCGAGGAUAUGGUCAGUAAACUCCUGGGAGUAGUGAAGGCGGGUUUUCCACUAGCAACAAAGAAGGCCAACAUAAAGCAAAACUCGGUAGAUGUCAAGACAGCAGCAGAUAUCAUGGUCUUGACAGGUGCCAUCUAUGAUCAAUACAUGUACAAAGAUGCAAGGCGUAACUUCAAUAUGCCAGGUUCACUUUCAACACCCAGUCCCAAAGGCCGCAGUAUCAUCUUCAAAGGAAGAGAAACUGAGGACGAACUAGAUGUGGUUGUUGAAGAACUUGACAUGCCUUCCCAACAACAACAACAAAAAAGGUCCAAGAACCCCAUCUUACGUGUCUAA